GCCGUAUCAACUUGAGGAAGCAGCUGCCCGGCAUAACCGCCGCUUGUUCUUCGUGGGUUUCUUUUUCUUUACCUUUUCGGUUUCGGUUUUCAAUGGCAUUCAUGAUGCCGAGCGCUCAUUAUCAACAAAGAUUUGUGCGGGAAGCAGGUCGAUGUCCCAAUCGGCAAGAAGUCUGUCCGUUCCAUAGCAGUGGAGGAAGGCGGUGCUAUGCGGCCAUCGCAGCAGCAGCGGCGCUGAUUGUUUCUCUCUGCCUCUUCUGGAGGUUUGCGGAGUUGCCGGUUGCAGACGAUUGCCCAUUCGCGUCAUCGUCUUCGCCGCCAUCGCCGCCAUCGCUGUGGCCUUUGCUGCUAUCAACAGACUCUUCUUCAUCGUCGGGAACGGGACAGGUGGACGCGCCGAGAUCUGGACGACUCUCCAGCCAUGGACACUCCAGGGAAAGAGAGACAGACAGGGUGCUACAGCAGCCAGCCGACGACCCUUGCGCUCCCUGGUCCUACGACCAGACCGUCCUCCUCGAACGACCAACCUGCAAGGUGAUAGUCAAGCAUCAGUCUCUUCUCAGCCCACUUCAGAAUAGUCCGGAUACGACGUGCUCAUCUCUCAUGCGCAAUAUCGUGCUCCAUCCCGAUGCGGGAGUCUUCUUCUUCAUUUUCGAGGAGAGAUGUGAUACUGACAAUCGCACGGCCAUGCAAUCCCAGGUCUCCAUCCAUCAGGGUAAUCUCCACGUGGCAGGCGGGGAGGCCCCCAGGAUAUGUUACUGGUGGAGUUCAACGGAGUUGGACGGACCUCGUCCCAAUAACACAGUCUGCCGCGAUUACGAUUGCUAUCGGCUGAUGGAUUACCCUUCCGGCAUGGUGCUUUCCAAGUCGGGAUCGGAGCUGCUCCUCUGCGGCUCGCUGCAGGAUUACCCGGGCACGUCAUGGCUGACAGCGUUGAGGAUCGCAGAUGGGUCCAAGUCUUCCACGAGGUUGCCGAUAGAGUCUGCGGAGGGGCUGAGCUGGGAUCCCGGCAUGGCGACGCUUUUCAUGUCGGCCAGCACCACGCCACCCACGUCCAUCUCCUCUGCCGAUGUCACGCUCGAUGCCAACGGCACCUUUGCCAAUCGGACGCUGUCUCUCUCUAAAGCUGUGCAAUUCGAAUCGCAUCUGGGCUUCAACAUCUCGAAACCCUACUUCGGCCCUCAGAGCUUCACGAGCGACGGCAAGUGCCUGUACUUCAUUGAUCGGGCUGCUCCUAGUGAGGUGUGGGCGUUCCAUCCAUCGUCGCAGAAUGCUACACUGGUCGCCGGCAGCAGAUCGCUGUCAUCAACACGUCUCGCCCCCGCAGAGCGAGCUAAUGCCACCAGCAGCAGCAGGAGCAGUGCUGACGUGGAUGGCUUGCAGGCAUCCUUUGGGGAAUUGCUCGACAUAGCUGUGGUGGGCGACGGGCACCAUCUGUUCGCCUCGGAGUCGAGGACCGGUCGAAUUUUAUGGAUCGAGAUGGACUCGCCGUGCACCAGAGCGAGGAGAGUAACGGAAAUAGCCAAGUACCUCAGGCACGAGCCGACCGGAGUAUCCGGACUGGCGGUCCAGGUGGAUGGGCAAAUUGUCAAUCUCACGGUGGGAGUCGACGACGGGCAAAUCUUCCGCCUAUCAUUGAAUACUUCCGUCCCUUUCUCGCCGCCAGCGCCCGAUCCCCCCCCCCCAAGUAGUCGGUCUCCCAGCGACUCCUUCCCUGCAUCUCCAUCUGUCCCUCAAUCUUCUCCAGAUCCUGAUACAGAAGCAAGACGCAGGAAAGGCAAGAAGGUGGGACAAAUCGUCGGUUCUGUGGUUGCUGCGCUUGUCGUUUUUUUGCUGUUCCUGUUUUGUGUUCGCGCUCGGGAUGUCAACGGCAAUCCCGGGACUAAAAGACUAGUAAAGGGGGCCAAAGACGUGACCUCAGAUUCAAGUCCAGUGGAGAGCGAGCUGCGCCCACCCGAGGGGCGCCCAGCCGAGGUGCGCUCAGCCGAGGUGCGAUCAAAAUGGCUCAUCUUGGAACGACUCUUUGGACCACGGGGUGAUAAUGGCGUUAAUGAUGAUGACGCUGACAGUAGGGAUGAUGAGGACAAUGGGGAUGAUGGAGACGAUAAUGGUGAUGUGAAUCACUGGAAUCAGAAGACUGGGGAUGGAGAUAAUGAUGGUGAUAAUCAAACGUUGAAAUCGGUGCAAUCACCACAAAAUGGUGAUAGUGAUAGUGAUCAUGGUGAUGACGAUGAUGAUGAUGAGGAUAACGCUGAUCAGAAUCUUUGGAAUCAGAAGACUGGGGAUGGAGAUAAUGAUGGUGAUAAUCAAACGUUGAAAUCGGUGCAAUCACCACAAAAUGGUGAUAGUGAUAGUGAUCAUGGUGAUGACGAUGAUGAUGAUGAGGAUAACGCUGAUCAGAAUCUUUGGAAUCAGAAGACUGGGGAGGAAGAAAGGGAAGAUGAGAACGCAGGUCUGGGCGGUACUGUCUUCCAUUGGGAUAAGAAGAGAUGUUACGCCAGGAGAAUGGAUGUCAAAGAUUCCAAAGAUAUAAAAGCAAGCGGGGAGAAGGAGGGUGAAGAGAACAGUGUUGAAAAAGCUCGUAGAUGGGAGGGUAGGAGGCAGUGUAGGAGACGGGAUUGGGGAAUUCCCUGCUCCGCAACCCACUCAACCACGUAAUAAAUACGUCCAAUGAAUGGAUCGAUGAAUCAAUCAAUAGAUCAACAAAUGAGUCACUGAAUC